UAUAUUUUGAUGAUACAAUGAUAAUCAUAUACAAAUCGUUUUUAAUAUCAUUAUUAAUUAUAUCAUUAAUUAUUACCCAAGAGAUUACAUGUUUUCUAGGUUUAAAAUGUGCAGAACAAGGUGAAAAAUGUACAAAAACAUUAUUCAAACGAUGUUGCGGUAAUCUUGUAUGUCAACUUCAAGGACCAUUUGAUGGAAUAUGUGUAGAUUGUUUAAGGUUGGAGUCAGCUUGUAUGGCAGAUUAUGAAUGUUGUAGUAAACGGUGUCAUUUGUUUGCCUGUAAACCACCACUUCAAUAAAUUUACAUUUAUCAUUUACGGUUUAACUUGUUUGAAAUGAUAAAAUGUAUCAUGUUUCUUUUGAAAUAAAAGAACUAUUCACUUCUA